UCCUGUCUAGAGCCGAGUUCCUGCCUCCAGCCUCAGGCGGGUUUACCCUGCUGCCCACGAAUCCCAGAAGCUGAGACCCACUGGGUCGCCAGCAGGGCACAGGACUGAACCGAGAGACCACACCUCGCUGUUUACGUUCUGUGCUUGUGCCGAGGGGACAAUGGCGACUUGUGUCCUCCUGCACACUGGGCAGAAGAUGCCCCUGAUUGGACUGGGCACCUGGAAGAGCCAGCCUGGCCAGGUAAAAGAAGCUAUUAAGUAUGCCCUGAGUGUAGGCUACCGCCACAUUGACUGUGCUGCUGUCUACGGGAAUGAGACUGAGAUUGGGGAGGCCCUGAAGGAGAAUGUGGGACCUGGCAAGGCGGUGCCUCGGGAGGAGCUGUUUGUGACUUCCAAGCUGUGGAACACGAAGCACCACCCUGAGGAUGUAGAGCCUGCCCUCCGGAAGACGCUGGCUGACCUCCAACUGGAGUAUUUGGACCUGUACCUGAUGCACUGGCCUCAUGCCUUUGAGCGGGGAGAUAACCCCUUCCCUAAGAAUGCCGAUGGGACUAUCCGCUAUGACUCCAUCCACUACAAGGAGACCUGGAAGGCUCUGGAGGCACUGGUGGCUAAAGGGCUGGUGCGGGCACUGGGCCUGUCCAACUUCAACAGUCGGCAGAUUGAUGAUGUGCUCAGUGUGGCCUCUGUGCGCCCAGCUGUCCUGCAGGUGGAAUGCCACCCAUACCUGGCUCAGAACGAGCUCAUUGCCCACUGCCAAGCACGCGGCCUGGAGGUGACUGCUUAUAGCCCUCUGGGCUCCUCUGAUCGUGCUUGGCGUGAUCCUGGUGAGCCCGUCCUGCUGGAGGAGCCAGUGGUCUUGGCACUGGCUGAAAAGCAUGGCCGGUCUCCAGCUCAGAUCCUGCUCAGGUGGCAGGUCCAGCGGAAAGUCAUCUGCAUCCCCAAGAGUAUCACACCUUCCCGUAUCCUUCAGAACAUCCAGGUGUUUGACUUCACCAUUAGCCCGGAGGAGAUGAAGCAGCUGGAUGCCCUGAAUAAAAAUUUACGAUUCAUUGUGCCAAUGCUUACGGUGGAUGGGAAGAGGGUCCAGAGAGAUGCAGGGCACCCUCUGUACCCCUUUAACGACCCAUAUUGAGACCACAGCUUCCUGGCUUUUCAGCUCUCCAGCUACAAAGUCCUGCCAUCCCUAGAAAGGGAGUUAAUAAAGCCAUUGGAACAUCCA